AUGGGGGGGCUCGCGGCUGCCACGGCGCUCUCCACGGCUGGGGAGGUGGCGCUCACUGGGUGGAGCGAACGCUUUGGAGUGCACAUGGGCCGCCUCAAGCAGAUCGGCUCCUAUCGCGAGUCCUUGCGCAUCGCCUGCGAGGCACGUGGCAACCUGCUGCUGGGUGCCUGGGCGGGCGCCGGCGGGCUUUGGGUGCGGAACUUCUCUUGGAAUUUCACCUUCUUCGAGUGGAAGCGCUUCCUCCACAACGCUGUGGAUCGAACGCCCGAGAACGCGCCCCAGUGGUUUCAAGAUCACCUGGAUUGGCUGCGAAGUCUGGAAAAGAAGAACCAGGCGAAUGUGCUCACCUUUGAGGCUGCCACCCUUGGCACCUACCUGACGUUCUUCAACAUGGCUGGUGACAACAUCAAGACGAAAAUGCAGGUGGAUCCUGUGCGCUAUACGAGCGUCCGAGCGACGGCGGGUGAGAUCUGGACGCAGCACGGGUUGUUGGGCUUCACGCGCGGAAGCCUUUUCAAGGGGAUCUAUUUGAUCCUCGGAUCCACCUUGGCGAUUGGAAUUCAGGAACGGCUCACGGAGAUCAUGGCAGCCCUCUUGAGAUAG